AUGCCUCCAACCACCACCACCGCCGCCAUCAUCAACGGCAUGAAAAUGGCCGUAGUGGGCUUGCUGGCCUACUACGGUCAGCAGCGCGUCCAGCACGCCACCGCCGCAGCUGCUUCGGCAGCACUGAAGAAGGAGAAGGAGGAGAAGAAGAAGAAGAAGAAGAAGAAGAAGAAGAAGAAGAAGAAGAAGAAGAAGAAGAAGAAGAAGAAGAAGAAGAAGAAGAAGAAGAAGAAGAAGAAGAAGAAGAUUCGCGAUGAGGUGGAGAUGUUGUUUGUUUUGGGGCGUGGAGAUUUGGGUCGAGGGGAAGGCGAGGGAGAGGAUGAAUCGCCCUCUGCGCUGGUCGCAUGGCUGUAG